GUAGCCGAGCUUUGCCAGGAGGCAGGUCGCCUCACAGUGUCUCUGGGAUUGGCAGAGGAGAAGCAGAGCAAGUCGGAGGCACUGGCAGUGCGGCUGAGCCGGGACCUGGCUGCCUUGCGAGAGGGGAAGAAAGCCCGCGAGGAGGAAGUUCGCACAGAGGCUGCCAAAGUUGCACGUUUGCGAUCUGAGCUGGAGACGAUGUCUACAGAGAUCCUGGAGCGGGAUGCAGCUUGCCAGGCGCAGCAGGACGAGUUCGCAAAGAAGCUGGAGAGGGAAGCUUCGAUUCAGGAGCGUGCCAAAGGAGAGCUCAUUGCACUGAGGCAUGAGCUUGCCAAAGGUGCCGAGGCUUGGCGCAAGGAAGGCGAGAAGGCCUGUGCCGCUGAGUGCGAGCAGCUGCACAGCCAACUGCGGGUGUUUCUACGCGGAAGUAUGUGCCCUUACUGCGAGAAUUUGGUGUCCGAAUUAAAGUGCCGAGGCGGACGAAGUGGCGCGAUGGCGUUCCGAAGCUGCGGCUGCCGGGGUUCGUCGCCGCCUCCUGAGGGCAGUCCUGCAGAUCAGGCUUCUUCGGCGCUGGCGAAAGAGUUGCGAGUGGAGCUGGGGAAAGCAGAGGCUGCCUUCACGGAAGAGCUCUCUUCGGUCCGCGCCCGGCUGGCUGCAGCCGAGAGGCGUAAUCGGGAGUUGCUCGAGGACCUGCAGAGCACGCUCCAGGCUGGCCGGCCGCCUGUCUCUGCACCGGUGCCCGUCACUCUACCGGCUCCCCCGACGAGCCUUCCUCAAAAGGGUGCAGUGAUAGAGCGAGACUCGCUGUGGCAGCACCGAGAGCAGGAGGCAGUUGUGGAGCCGCCAGAGAGUCUUGGCUUAAUUUCCGGGAAGCAAGUCGAGAUCACUUAUGACGACAGCUUGUGUGACAAAGUGCAGAAAAAGAUGUAUGGCAACUUCAAGAGCAGCAAAAGGCCUGGAGCCGAGAAGGAGGAGCAGCUAAAGCGACAGCAAGAAGAGCAUCAACGGCAGCUGCUAAAUAUGCAGCCAAAGGAAUUGCCGAUUGACAGCACCAUCGCGAUGGAUUCGGACUCUUACAGAGUUGUUAGCACGAGUUACACCGAGCAGGAGGAUGGAGGCGGGUCGAUAAGCAGCAGCACCUCGACACUCAAGCGCAGCAAUGCUGGUCGAGGUAGUAGGCUGACUCGGCUGCCAAGUGCCCCAAGCGUGGAGUUGGACUCCACAAAGAUCGAGGAAACUGGCGCCGAGAUUGGGGCAGCGCUGCGGCGAGCAGCGCGGCAGCGGAGGGCUGCCAAGACCAGGAGUCUGGACGACGAAUACGUUAGAUUCGUCCGGGAUGCGCGUCGCGCAGAUGCAGCAUCUUUACCCAUCCGAGUUCCGCAGGAUGCCUUUCGGCAUGAAGCUGUGCCGGCGAGGACGCAAGGCGAGUUUGUAGAGCCUUUCGUGCUGAGCGACCUGGUGGCUGGCCAGGCGGAUGAGAAGCAGCCAAGUGGUGAACGAGUUACCAGUGUACAGACAGCCGGGUCAACCCUCCUGGCCUCCCAUCUUGCGGAACAGGGAAUGCCCAAGGAAGUCGAGGGAGAGAAUGCGGCGGCGACCGAUGCGGACCUGACGCUUCAGUCGCUCUUCCGAGUGGACAACAAGGUGGUUCUGGUUACAGGUGGCGGAUCUGGCAUCGGUGCCAUGAUUGCCUCUGGAUUUGUGCAGAAUGGCUGUCGCGUGUACAUUGCCUCCCGGAAGGAUACUUCCAAGUAUGCUGCCGAGCUGACUUCCAAAGGACCAGGUUGCUGCACAGCUCUCACCUGCGAUAUCAGCAAGUACGAUCAACAAAAGAUCUUGAUCGAUUCCGUUCAAAAAGCUGAGGGGAAGCUGCACAUCCUGGUCAACAACAGCGGGACAAACUUCAAUGCACCCCUGGGAAAGUACAGCCCGGAGAUGUUCGAAAAGGUUAUGCAGUUGAACACCAACGCCGUGUUUGCUUUGACACAGUUGGCUGUGCCUUUGAUGGAGUCCUCAACAUCAAGGGAUGAUCCUGGCAGAAUAGUCCACAUCUCUUCCGUGAACGGCCUGCAGACUCCGCUGAUCGACACUUUUGCGUACAGCUCCAGCAAAGCUGCUGUGGUCAUGCUCUCCAAGCACCUUGCGGGAGCUUUGGGUCCACGACACAUCACGUCCAACUGCAUUUGCCCUGGGCCCUUCAUGUCGCGGAUGAUGCGAGGGACCAUCCAGGCUGUCGGUGAGGAUGGCAUCGCUGGCAGCACAGCCCUUUCCCGGUUAGGGUUGCCUUCCGACAUUGCAGGUGCCUGCCUUUUCCUUUGCAGCCGCGCCGGCUCUUUCGUCACGGGCACCGAGUUCGCCCUUGAUGGCGGUUCGCUGGUAAGUCGUGCUCCGAAGAGCAGCUACUGA